AUGAAAGAUACAUCUAAUGUACAUAUCUCUGAUCUAAUGAAAAGUCUUCGCCUCUCUAAUCCUUUUGAAUUCGAAUCUGAAUCGCCAAAGAUAACAUGCCAAUUAAUGAGCAAUCAUUAUACCCACAAGGACUCGAUGGUGAUUCCAAGUCCAUACCUAAAUCAUGUAAAAUCCCCUUCAAAAUCUUCUACCGUUGCAACUGGAAGAUUCUCUCCCGUAUAUCCACCGCCCAAAUCAUCUUUGCGCCUCAUUUCUCGCAGCGCAUCCUCUCCGAAUAUUCCUGCCCAGAAUUUUGAAGAUUACAAACACCACGACUCGGAUAGAGAUGGCUUGGAAUGCGAGACGACUGAUCGCGAAAGCCCUCUACUUCCAUCUUAUCAGCCCAUUACCUUUCAAGGACCAGAAAGCUACAGCCUUAGUGGUCAUAAGGACGCAUGUCAGAACAAAGACUUAAGCUCCUGUUCAGGCUCGUCAUUUUCCCAGAACAGGAGACGGGAAAGUGUGGCCAGCUCUUCGAAAAUUUCGGCCAGCUCAUAUCGAAAAUCGCUGACCAGUUUUAUUGACAACUUCCUCGAAUUCAAUGAGUCUGAAUACGAUACACCAGAUUUGUCGCAGCCUAAACGAUCACAUUCGCCGAUGAAAAAGAUGUUUGGUGAGAAUGGGUGGCUAGGGCAAUCUCCGAAUGACUUUCAAACUCGGAAUACUCGACAAGCUUCCAAGUCUAGUUGGUCAAAGGAGACGACGUCGAUGAUGGGAAAACUACGCAAUAAAAUAGGUGAGCUUGCGGAAAAGGCCGACCUGAGCCCCUCACCCAGCUCUCGUGGGUCGCGGAGAAGCAAGCAAGAUAAAAUAUCGGUACUUUCCAUUUCCCUCGGGCCGUCUGUCCAGGCCAGAAUCUACAUGGAGAUUGAGCUUAUGCUUGUAUACACGGCCAAUGCAUUCCUCAUGAAAAAUUUUUCACAAGGCCGCAUGUCGGUCGAUUCCAUCAAACGGACCGUCGACGCUUGGCGAAGCAAAGGACGCCCCGUCGUCUUCGAGUUCAUGUACGACCAAGCUACGCAGCGGGAACUAGUCAAACUAAACCAGCACAACUUUUGUUUCCACGGUCGCGGCGGCGACGACGCGCUUCGGGUCAACUCGAUGCUUUACAACUGGAAGUACGUGGCCGGAGUAAUGGCUAUUCGGACCUUCUGUGACGCUAAUACUGUUAUCCUGAAGCUUCUCUUCGAUGUGGAGCAGGUUCUUGAGCUUCUCGGUGCCCAGGACGCCAUCAUGCAACGCUUAAAUCAAAUUCGUAUCGCCGUCUCCGAGCUGACACACCCAUCCCACCAAUCAAGAAAUGUGAAGUCUAUGAGACGGUCCGAGCCAUAG